AUGGCUUGUGAGCAACGUUUGAGGAAAACCCAGAGUACACAGAUGUUGCCAAAUGAAGUUGCCACAGAGCAGCAGUCCUUGAUUGUGGUGAAGAAACUUCUGGCUAUAGCAGUCUCUUGCAUCACUUACCUUAGGGGUCUGUUUCCUGAAAAAGCCUAUGGGAGCAAAUACGUUGAAGAGCAAAAGGUGAUGAUACUGAGGGAGGAGCGAAGCUGCCCAGGAGCCAGUCAGAUUGUCCAGUGGAUGCAUGGGUGCUUUGAUGCCCUUCAGAAAAAAUAUUUGCGAAUGGUUGUUCUUUCUAUUUACACUGAUCCAGAGAAUCCUCAGAAGGUUACAGAAUGCUACCAGUUCAAAAUCCAAUACACAGAGAAGGGACCGCAAAUUGAAUUUGAAAGCCACAACAACAAGAGGCAAGUAGCAAAGAUGGGCUGUAGUGAUAUCAAGAGAGCAAGCAUCCUCCUAGUGCGCAAACUCUACAUGCUAAUGCAGAACCUGGGGCCAUUACCUGACAGCGUUUGUCUCAACAUGAAACUCUCAUACUAUGAUGAAGUUACCCCUCAGGAGUAUCAACCUCCUGGCUUUAAGGAGGGAGACAGUGACAGCAUGGUGUUUCAGAAGGAACCCGUGCACCUGACGAUGGGGGAGGUGGUCACCCCGUUUCACACACUCAAGGUGGAUGUGACUACAGAGAGGGAGAGGCUGGAACAGGUGGAUGAGGAGGAGUCUAUUUGUGACAAGGAAAAGUGGGCCAUGAAGAUGGAGGUGGAAGAUCAGGCCUCCAUGAACAAAUGUCAACCCAUCAAACAGGAUCACUUGCCAGUGGAAAAGGACAGGAAGAAUCAUCACAGUGAAACCGACUUUGAAAAUUCAGUGUCCUGUGCACAGGUGGACAGCCUGGUGAAGAAGACCUCGGACAUGGAGGUGGCCAUAAGGAGGACAAGGAGUGGCCGCAUUAUUAAAUCCUCAGUGCAGAUGAAGGACACAGAGGCAUGCAGCAUCAACAGGAGCAGGUCCUCUCCACAAGGGAACAAAGAGAUGUCCCAAUUUGCAUUUCCCUUCAGUCAAGGUGAAGCCCCUGUCCCAAAGAAACGCAAGUUCAGCGAGCCCAAGGAGCGCUACUAA